GUGCCUGGGGGCUGGUGGGUGGCGCGGCGCGGAGCAGCGCAGAGCAGCGCAGCUGCGGGCGCUGAGGCAAGGAGGAGCCGACUCAUUGUUCCGGCAGCCGCAGCCGCCGCGCCCCUGCCCGCCUCUCUCCCUCUCUUUCUCUCUUCUUUCUUUCAGUCACUCCCCAUCUCCGUUCCUCUCGUCGAUUUCCCGGGUACCGGGUGAAAAGCCCUCCCCACCCCGCUUCCUUCCUUCCCGAACCCGCAGCAGCAGUCCCAGCAGCAUCCUCCCGAGCCCGGUCAUGGAAGACCUGGACCAAUCGCCCUUGGUCUCCUCCUCCGGCUCUGCCGCGAGCCCGGCCCGGCCUCAGCCAGAGUUCAAGUACCAGUUCGUGAGGGAGCCCGAGGACGAGGAGGAGGAGGAAGAGGAGGAGGAGGAAGAGGAGGAAGACGAGGACCUGGAGGAGCUAGAGGUGCUGGAGAGGAAGCCGGCCGCGGGGAUGGCUGCGGUUCCGCUGCCGGCCAACGCCGCCGCCACCACCGCCGCCGCCGCCGCCGCGCCCCUCCUGGAUUUCGAGACUGAGUCGAUGCCUCCGGCUCCUCGCGGGCCCCUGCCUGCUGUGCCCCCAGCCGCCCCAGAGCGGCAGCCCCGCUGGGAGCCCAGCCCGGUAUCCUCGUCCUCGCCGUCCCCGCCCCCGGUAUCCUCGUCCUCGCCGUCCCCGCCGCCCUCCGCUGCCGCAUCGCUUGAAGAAGACGAGCCCCCCUCCCGCCCUCCACCCCCUCCCCCAACGGCCAGCGUGGACCCCCACCCCGAGCCUGCUCCUCCUGCUUGGACCCCGAGCACCCCGGCCCCUGCCGCGCCCCCCUCUACCCCGGCCGCGCCCAAGCGCAGAGGAUCCUCGGGCUCUGCUGAUGAGACCCUUUUUGCUCUUCCUGCUGCAUCUGAGCCUGUGAUGCACUCCUCUGCAGAAAAAGUUAUGAACUUGAAGGAGCAGCCAGGUAACACUAUACCGACUUGUCAAGAGGAGCUUACAUCUGUACUUCUUGAAACUGCUGCUUCUCUUCCUUCUCUGUCUUCUCUCUCAGCUGCUCCUUUUAAAGAACAUGAAUCUUUUGGUAACUUUCCAGCUAUAUUACCUACAGAAGGAAUACACCAAACUACAAAUGAAGCUUCUAAAGAAUUUACAGAGAAGGGAAAAAAUCCAUUUGUAGAUAGAGACUUAAGAGAGUUUUCAGAGUUGAAAUACUCAGAAAUGGGAUCUUCAUUUGUGGGAUUGCAAAAAGCAGAAUCAACCUUUGUAGAAUUCCCUCAGGAGGGAAUGCUAAUGAAGAAACAAGAUGAACAAGAGAAUUUAGUCAGUGAGACCCUCCGCCAGUGCCAACAAGAGUUGCCAUUAGCUCUCAUUAAAUCAGAAGAAAAGAACAAAGUUUUAUUUUCUGAAAAAACAAAAUAUGUUAAGGACAGCAUUGAUGAAAGGGAAAAUGCAGUAUCUUUCAAAGAAGAUGCUCCUCUAAGGGAAGAAUAUGUUGACUUCAAACCGUUUGAGCAAGUAUGGAAAGUAAAAGAUACUUAUAGUGAAGAGAGAAAUGUAGAAGAUGUUCAAGGUAAUUUAGAUAGCAAGUUGGAAAGUAUUGUGGAUGAGAAAUAUGUUGCAGAUAGCCUUAAGAAAAAGAAUCACGACCAAGACAGUGAAAGCAGUAAUGAAGAUACUUCUUUUCCCAGUACACCAGAAGCUAUGAAAGAUGUUUCACAAGCAUAUAUUUCAUGUGCUUCUUUUGAGCCUGAUGCAGUAACUGAAACCCUUACAAAAAAAGUUUUCCCUCUCUUAGAAGACCAAACUUCUGAAAAUAAGACAGAUGAAAAAAAAAUUGCAGAGAAGCAAGCCCAAAUUGUGACAGAAAAUACUAGUAUCAAAACAACAAACCCUUUCCUAGUGUCAGCACAGGAUCGUGACAGAGACUAUGUCUCAACAGAUAGUUUAUCAAAGGUGCCUGUAGAAGUUGGAGUAAGCAUGCCAGAGGGUCUUACUCCUGAUUUAGUACAAGAAGCAUAUGAGAGCAAAAUUACUGAUGCUACUUCUACCAAAUUGGCUUAUGAAACAAAAAUGGAUUUGGUCCAAACAUCUGAAUCUCUACAGGAGUCUAUUCAUUCUAUAUCUCAGCUUUGCCCCUCAUUUGAGGAAUCUGAAGCUACUCCUUCACCAGUUUUGCCUGACAUUGUUAUGGAAGCCCCACUAAAUUCUGUAACUCCUGGUGCUGUUGCUUCAGCUGUACAGCUCAGUUCAUCACCAUUAGAGGCUUUUACACCUGUUAAUUAUGAAAGCCUAAAACCUGAGUCAGAAAACCCCCCACCAUACGAAGAUACCAUGAAUAUGCCCUCAAAAGAGGUACCAGAAAUAAAAGAAGAAAAUAAGGGACCUGAAUGUAUAAGUCCGGUUGUUGAAGAAUCAGAAGCAUCAUAUAUUUCUAUUGCAUGUGAUUUAAUUAAAGAAACAAAACUCUCUACUGAAUCUGCUUCCCCAGACUUUACUGAUUAUUCAGAGAUAGCAGUAAAAGAGAAUGUUUCACAGCCUAUGCCUGACCUGUCUGACCUGGUGGAAGACUCUUCACCUGAAUCUGAACCAGUUGAUUUAUUCAGUGAUGACUCAAUACCAGAAGUUCCUCAAAAGGAAGACGAAGCUGUGUUACUUGAGAGAGAAAAUUUAAUUGAAACUUCACUCUCAUCAGUAAUAGAGCAUGAAAGUAAGGAAAAACUCAAUGCAACACCUGCUACUAUGGGAAAGCCAUAUUUAGAAUCUUUUCAGCCUGUUCUGGACACCUCAAAAACUUCCUCUGCUUCAUCAUCUGAAGUUACUUUUACAGUGGUAAAAAAGGAGAAAAUUCCUUUGCAAAUGGAGGAACUGAAUACUACAGUCUAUUCAGAUGAAGACUUAUUUGUUUCUAAGGAACCAAAAAUAAGAGAAGCUGAACUAUUUGCUGAUUCUUCUCCAAUUCAAAUCAUAGAAGAUUUCUCUAUAACAGUCAGCUCUAAAACUGUUCCUUCUGCUAAAUUGGCUAGAGAAUUCACAAAUAUAGAAGUAUUACCGAAGGGUGAAAAUGGUAAACUCCAAGAAGUAGUGAACACAUCGCUUUCCUCAGAAUUACCCCAUGACCUUUCUCUCAAGAAUGUACCUAUUAAAAUUGAAGAGAAAAUUCAUGGUUUGCACAAAACUACAGAUGGAGUCUCCAAAGAUAUGCCAGAAGUGUCCAAGGGGCCCUCGUUGCCUACUGAUGUUUCUGCUUUACUCACUAAUACAGAGACAGUCAGAAUAGUAAAGCCCAAAGUGAUCUCAAAAGAAGCUGAGGGAAAAAAGCCUUCUGUUACAGAAAAAGAGAAAAGAUCACCAUCGGCUAUAUUUUCAACAGAGCUGAGUAAGACUUCAGUUGUUGACCUUCUUUAUUGGCGAGACAUUAAGAAGACAGGAGUGGUAUUCGGUGCCAGCUUGUUCCUGCUACUUUCAUUGACAGUAUUCAGCAUUGUGAGUGUGACAGCAUACAUUGCCUUGGCCCUGCUCUCUGUGACUAUCAGCUUUAGGGUAUACAAGGGAGUGAUCCAGGCAAUCCAGAAAUCUGAUGAAGGUCAUCCUUUCAGGGCCUACUUGGAUUCUGAAGUCGCAGUGUCAGAGGCCUUGGUUCAGAAGUACAGCAAUUCUGCGCUCGGCCAUGUCAACUGCACCAUCAAAGAACUCAGGCGCCUCUUCUUAGUGGAUGAUUUGGUGGAUUCUUUGAAGUUUGCAGUAUUGAUGUGGAUCUUUACCUAUGUUGGUGCCUUGUUCAAUGGCCUGACACUUCUGAUAUUGGCUCUGAUUUCACUCUUCAGUGUUCCUGUUAUUUAUGAAAGGCAUCAGCCCCAGAUUGAUCAUUAUCUAGGACUUGUGAAUAAGAAUGUUAAAGAUGCUAUGGCUAAAAUCCAAGCAAAAAUCCCUGGAUUGAAAAGCAAAGCGGAAUAAAGUCAGCAGUAAAUACCACUAGGAAUUCAUCGUUCGGGGGGAAUUUUCAUUUGGAUUCCAUGGGGAGGGUCAGGGGAGAAUGGAGCCUUGACAUUGCAGAGGAGCAGCCUCACAGAUCUUUAUUUUUUAGCAACGCAGUGUUUGAGGAAAAAUACUUGUCUUGACUGCCGUGUGUUUUGUCAUCUUAAGUAUCGUAAGCUGCUCUGUCUGGACUUCAGCUGUAAUCAUCUUUGUUUAUCCUUCGUGAGGCCCUGGCUCUCACGGGACGAUCUGAGAAAGCUGUACAUUGUGCUUCAUGGGACGUAGUCUUGUUGUGUUUCAGAAAGUUGUAUAGCGGGUGGAACUAAGGAGAGAAGAACCCUUUCACAGUGUGUGCCCUGUGUAUGGUCUGUGUAGAAUGAUGCAGAUUUUCUAAAAUGAAAUGUUUAGAAGAGAUCAUACCACUAAAGCAAGAAGGGAGAAAGCUUGCCUUCUUGGUAUGAGUCUAGCUGUAUUGUGAUUUUACUGUUUUAUUAAUUGCCAAUAUAUAUAAAUAUAUAAAUAUAUAUAUAUAUAUAGUGUUUCACAAAGCUUAGACCUCAGCUGCCCCACAGUGCUUGAUAUUUCAGAGUUUGAUGGUUCUAUGAGUAGCUCUAAGUCACAUAAGCUAGGAAAAGAAACUCUAUUUCUAGGAACACUACCAUCUGUUUUCAACAUUAAAGAGCCCCCUUGCUCAUUGAAAGUCCAUCGCAUAGACUUCAUCGCUCCAAACUACUGCAGUUAAUUUCACCACACACUUGGGAUCUAUGAACUGAAUCCAAUGCUGAAAAAAUGUGGCUUGGAAAUAUCAAACAUUGUUCUACAAGAAAUUACAAAUUAAGAUUUAUUCAAUUGUGGUUUAAGCUGUACCUGAACUAAGUCUGUGGAAUGCAUUUGUGAAAUGUAAAACCAACCAAGUAUCAAUAAAGCUUAGAGACUUCAAA